UGCGCUUUACACCUCGCGACUGCUCGCUACCGCUGCAGCUGUCAACGCUGUCACAGUCGGGUUCCGAGAGCUCCGCGCGAUCGUGAGACCGCCGUCCUGCUUCCUCGCCUCCUCCAGAAGCGCCUCCUCCUCCGGUGCGAUUAAAGACGGAUCCGUGCGGAAAAAAUGCGAGCCGCUGGCCCGAGGCGGACGCACCUCUCCUGAACGCGCUGGCACGCGAGUAACCACCGCCGCGAUAAGCUGCGGUUAUGUUUUUCGAUGGAGAACGGUCUGACGACAAUGGCGGCGACGUCCCCGUCGAAGCGGAGACUUCAGAAAGAGUUGAUGUCGCUGAUACGUGAACCUCCACCAGGCGUGCACGUGGACGGGGAACUAGCCGGGCAGAACCUGACGCAAUGGAUCGUCCACAUGGAGGGUGCGAAAGGCACGCUGUACGAGGGCGAGCAGUUCCAGCUGCAAUUUAAAUUCAGCUCCAAGUACCCGUUCGACUCGCCGGAGGUGACCUUCAUCGGUGGCAAUAUUCCCGUGCACCCGCACGUUUACAGCAACGGGCACAUCUGCCUGUCCAUACUGACGGAGGAUUGGUCGCCCGCCCUCAGCGUGCAGAGCAUCUGCCUGAGCAUCGUCUCGAUGCUGAGCAGCUGUAAGGAGAAGAAGAGGCCACCCGACAAUACAUUCUACGUGAAAACCUGCAAUAAGAAUCCAAAAAAAACCAAAUGGUGGUAUCACGAUGACAGCGUUUAACGUUCGAGGUUGCGCGGAGGAGGGGAUCUUACCGACCCGUCGCGUGAGACUGCGUUGGACCAAGUAGGAUAACAUCCGAACGGGAAUCAUCCUCGUUGCGUUAAAUAAAUUAAUCGGAGUUCGACUGUUACGACAAUUACGCAGCAUGACUUUGUGACGUAGCGGGGCGAAUUAGACGCGUCAGUUUAAGAAGGGAGGAAAAAAAACAAGGCUACAACCUACUUACUACUACAGAUAGAGUUAAUAAUGUGAACUGUGCAAGUUGUUUAAUCAUAAAUUAUUAUGCAAUGUUAUCGAACGAGAAAGUGGUGCGUAUUAUAUAUUAUAUAGUUAAAAAUAGGAUCGUCCGUCACCGAAUCGUCGGAUCGAUCGAUCGAUCGCACCACGGGAGGGCGGGCGGAAUAUAUUAAUUAUUUAUUAAGAUAUUAAUAUAUAAAACGCGCGAGGUUUCCCUCUCUUUCUAUAUACAUAUAUAUUUCUCUCUCCCUCUUGUUACGUAAAAAUCGUACGCGAAAAUACAUUUAGGAGCCGUGAAAAAAAUAAAAUAAAACCUGCUGCAUAUCGUUGUGUGCGUAAUAACACUCGCCGCGUUAUUUUUGAUGAUGAAAACUUCCCCCGACAGUUGUAUCGUUCAUCCUUAUCAAAUAGAUCAUGACGCCAUCACGAGGGCGGAGCGUGUCUCAUUGAAGAUACCUGGUGAUAAGUGUUACUCGAAUGAAUUAGCCGCGUGCAAUAUAUCCCUUUAUCGUUUAAGGAUUUUCGGAGGAGCGCGAGAGAACGCUCCUUCGGCGCUGCUACUUUGAAUGUUUCUUGCAUAUUGCGCUCCUAUCGCUGUAUCCUCCUUUGAAAUAAUUUCAUUUACUCGUUUCUCUUGUUAGAUCGCUUGAGGCUAUCUCUUAGGUAUUGUUGGUUGAUAAGAUGUAUCUAAAACAAUUGUGUCGGGGGAGAGAGGCCCUCUUUCAAGUACUCUCUCUCUCUCUCUCUGCCUGUGUGUAUCGAUUUCGAUGACGCUAGCAUUUGUUAAGCACAGCACGACGGUAAUCUUGAGUUUUAGGUACGUGCAAUGUAUUGUUGCCGUCUUCAACUUACUCUAUGCCUCUCACUCUUAAUAAACUUGCAUUCGAAAGUAAAGGUUUAACAAGUUCGUCAAGUGUUAUUUCAUCAAAACGAAAGUAGAAUGGACGGUAAUCGAGACAAUACGUGUAUACACGUACACGUGUGCGUAUCCGAGAUUAAUUAUUAAUUAAUACCGCCGCGCAUUAUCACGUGUAUCAAUAAAUAGAGUGUGUCAACGAUUGGCGUAGGAUCUAUACCGAUGUUCAUCAUAUAUUUUUAUGUCACAUGAGAUUAUACUGUUUUAUGCUAGCAAGGUUUUUUUUAUACAUUUAUUGAAAAUGUGAGUUGUAUAAUGCUGACGUGAUAUUAAAUAUCUUAAUAAUUUUUAA